GUCCUCAUUUAGAUCAUAAAGAUAAGAAUCAAGUUAUAUUAGACAUUAACAGAUGUGGGCAUCACCUACCUAAGGAAUUAUCGAUAGAACGUAUUAAUUCAAUAUAGGACAGUUUAAUAACAGUUCUAUGAAGAUUAUUAGUGACACAUACUGAUCUGUGCUACUAUCAAGGUCUUCAUGAUGUAGUACUGACAUUUUUAUUAUUACCACUAAAUGAGAACAUCGCCUUUGCCAUCAUGAAUGUACUAGUACAAUACCUUAUUAGGGAUUUUUUGUAUCCUGACAUUGGACGCACCAAGGAGAUAAUGAGUUACAUCAGACCACUACUGAGGAUUAAUGAUAGCCAAUUGGAAUCAUUUAUUACAAGGUCAGAGUGUGAGUAUUAUUUCUCAUUAAGUUGGAUCCUGACCUGGCACAGUCACGUGGUCUAUGAUAGAGAUGAUCUCCUCAUGCUAACUGAUCUAUUCUUAGCAUUUCACCCACUGAUACCAAUAUAUGUAGCCACUGUUGUAAGGUCUGAGGUAUUAGAGCAGGACUGUGAGAUGAGUUCUAUUCAUGGUUUCUUGUUAAAGUUUCCCGAGGAAUUUGACGUCAAUGAACUAGUACACAAUUCAGUUGAACUGUUCAAUAAAAUACCAGCACACAAGAUAGCAAGCACUGGGAAUAUAAGACUGAAUUCAAGGUUGAUUUCAUUUGGAUCAAUCAUGACCAGAAACACUUUGAGUGGUUCAUGGAGCUACUGAAUGAACUGGAAAUGGAACAGAAUGAAUAUGGAACACUAAUGGAUCGGUUCCUUGAUAUGCACAUGUACAUCACAUCAGCUUUACAAAGGACUGAUGUU